AUGUUAAGACAAGAUUCUUUAAGUACAAUUUCUGGAACUACUAUAACAGAAAAAUCGUUAUUAACUUCUUCUUCAGUAGCGACAAUAAAUAUAGAGAAUAAUGAUUUACUUUACCUAGAUGGUAAACAUAUAAAAGAUAGUUCAAAUAGGACUAUAUUAUUGAGAGGAAUAAAUUUAUCAGGUGCUUCAAAAAAUCCCUCAUAUCCCUCAAAAAUUCCUUCUCAUCAGCCAGAAGAAUUUUUUGAUCAUAAAAAAGCCAGAUUUAUAGGUAGACCAUUUCCGUUGGAAAGUGCCGAUGAACAUUUUCAACGAUUAAAAGAGUGGGGAUUCAAUUUCCUUAGAUUUAUUGUAACUUGGGAAGCAAUAGAACAUGAAGGACCCGGUAAAUAUGAUUCUGAAUUUUUAGAUUACAUUGUAAAAAUUUUAUAUAAAGCCAAAGAAUAUGGCUUUAAGUGCUUCAUUGAUCCUCAUCAAGACGUGUGGAGUAGAUUUUCAGGUGGUUCAGGAGCUCCGGGAUGGACGCUUGAAUUGGCAGGAUUUAAUAUCAGGAAUUUUAUGGAAACUGAAGCAGCAAUAGUACAAAAUACAUAUGAUAAACCAAAAGAAUUUCCUAAGAUGAUAUGGUCAACAAAUUAUUAUAAACUAGCGUCGUCAACAAUGUUUACGUUAUUCUAUUCGGGAAGAACAUAUGCACCAAAAUGUAUUGUUGAUGAUAUGAACAUACAAGAUUAUUUACAAUUGCACUUUAUUAAUUCAUAUAAAAUAUUAGCGGAAAGAAUAGCGAAAGAAAAUUUAACGGAUAAUGUUGUAGUUGGAUAUGAUACAAUGAAUGAACCAAGUUGGGGAUGGGUUGGAACAGAAGAUUUAAAUAAAUAUCCAGAAUUUCAAGAAUAUAGGAGGGGGAAAACUCCUACUCCAUUUCAAACAAUGUUAUUAGGAGAGGGAAUUCCAUGUAAAUUAGAUGUAUGGGACAUAGUUUGGUACGGAUUUGGUAAAGUAGGAAACGAAUAUAUUGAUCCAAAAGGAAAAACAGCAUGGUUAGAAAAUGAUCCCGAAGGUUAUAAUUGGAAGAAAUCCGAAGAAUUUCCGCGUGGCGAAUGUAUUUGGGCGGCACAUGGAGUAUGGGAUAAAUCUACCAGAAAACUUUUACGUCCUGAUUAUUUUUCCAUGAAUCCAAUUAACAAUAAACCGUAUAAUUGGUAUGAAGAAAGCUUUAAACCAUUUAUAAGAAAAUAUACUUCAGCAUUACGUUCAGUUCAUCCUAAUGCAAUAAUAUUCAUACAACCACCCGUACUUGAAAUUCCGCCUAAAUUUGAUAAUCCCGAAGACCCACAAGAAAGACUAAUUUAUUCACCACAUUGGUAUGAUGGAUUAACAUUGGUGCAAAAACAAUUUAAUUGGUGGAAUAUUGAUUAUUUAGGUCUUAAAAGAGGAAAAUAUUUGGGACCUAUACCCGCAAUUAAAUUAGGAGACAAAGCAAUUAAACAAAGUUUUACGGAACAGCUAGGGUUAAUUAAAGAAGAAGGAGAAAAAUAUUUAGAUAACAUACCAUGCAUAAUUGGUGAAAUUGGUAUUCCAUUUGAUAUGGAAAAUGGAAAAGCAUAUAAAACAGGAAAUUAUAUUCAACAAAUUAAAGCUAUGGAUGCUAACUUUGUCGCUUUAGAAUCAAAUUUACUUAAUUACACUCUAUGGAAUUAUUGUGAUGAUAAUGAUCAUCAAUGGGGGGAUCAAUGGAAUGGAGAAGAUUUAUCCAUUUACUCAACUUCGAAUCCGGCCAAUUCUCUAUUGUCAUAUAAUUAUAACAAAGACUUAGAUCUUGGUGGUAGAGCAUUAUUUAGUUUGCUUCGACCAUUUCCAUUAAAAACAUUUGGUGAACCAUUGAGUUUAAAUUUCAAUCCGUGGACCAAAAAAUUUUAUUAUUCUUAUCGUAAUGUAACAGAUACACCAAAAGAUUUUCCUACCGUAAUUUAUCUACCAAGAUUUCAUUUUAAUAAUGAAAACGAUUUUACUGUUAAAGUUAGUAGUGGUAAAUGGAAUUGGGAUAAAGAUAAUCAACGAAUUUUAUACUGGCAUGAUAUCACUUCAAUGAAUGAAAGUAAAGAAAAUUUGGAUUAUAGCGUGCAUGAAAUUUAUAUAGAAGGUAACAAAAGUGACAAUUUUGUUGAUGAUGAAAAUCUUUGUUGUUAA